AAGCACUGCGGUCAAGGUGCUCAAAAUGCUCCGUCUUUUCCUGGUACAGCUCCCUGGCAGCUACACAGCGGAGAAACUGGGAGAAGCCAAGAGAGAAAGCCCGGGUCAAAAGUGGAGUGUCGCAGCGACGAGGGGGCUCGUCGCAGAACUCCGUGGCAGCCGCGCUGUUUUUCGUAGUGAAGCGAGGGCCUGGAAGGAGAAGAAGUCGAAGUUCAGUUUUACCAGGCGUGGAAGCUACGACAGGGGUCCGACAGGCCAGAUUUACCCGUUCCGCAUGGCGUUUCAAGGCCGCCCGCCGAUGCCGCCUGUCUCCCCAAUGGGCCCUCCUCCCAUGAGCCCCUAUCCCAUGGAGCCGACUCCCCAAUGGCUCCCUAUGUGGCCCGUAGCGCCGACGCCAGGAGAGCGCCUCGACUCGACCAGGUACGGCACCUACGGCGCCUACGGCGUCGGCAGAAGCCAACGCAGUCGUUACAGCCUGACCAUCCUCGUGUUGCUGUCGGCCGGGUGCUUACUCGUCGGCGGCGCCAUCGGCGCUCUGGUGACCGUCGUGAGGGCCCGCCGCGGCGAGGGCGACAUGACCGACGGGGAGACCGCCAUGCGCCGAUGGACAGAGCCCGUGCUACGCCUGGACAGGAGCUCAGGCAGGCGAGGCGGGCUCGUCGAUGGGGACUCGGGUUCGCCCCGCGCCUUCGACCUAAACGCGACCGCUGUUGCCGGCCUCGACGGCGAGGCCGACAGGAAAGACGAGACAAGCGGGACCGAACGCCGCCAAGUCGCCGAGCUGACGCGGGAGAGCGGGGCCGAGAAUGGCGGCGACGUCGUCGACGCAGCGGUCAAGAAAGCUGCGGCGCGUUCGGCGGGAGGCACGAGAAGGCGAAGAACACGGGGCGCCUCCAGAAAAAUGCCGCGUCGACGCUCGGCUCGACGAUCUCGGCGUGAGGAUUAACGCGGUCAGCCAGGUGCCGGCAGUUGAGGCCGAAUAAAGUGCAGCGCUUCUUUACGAGUGCAAGCUUCUGGCAAGAUCUGCGCAGCGCCUCCUCGAAAUUGAGCUGGCUCUGCAGAAAGAUUUGAAUUCGGGCUGCCGCUUGUUUGGUAAAUUAAUAAACGCUCGUGGAUCGCUUCGCGGCUCACAGUUACUUAUACAGCAAGCGCGUGGCUGCAUCGGUCUUCUUGUGCAACAGUGUUUUCCAGUCCGGAGCAGUUUACGUUCUUGAAUCUGUUGUGCUUCAACCGAUGAAGUACAGUUAGGACAUUUGAGUUAUAACUUUGUCAGUCAGGAUUCAUAUCAAUAUUAG